AUGUUGUGGUUGUUACUUGGCAUUAAUAUUAUUAUUAUCACAGCCGUUCAAGGCCAAUUAAAUUUCAAUAAUGAUUUGGAAAACAAUCAAAAAUUUCAAAGUGUUCCAACUACCAUAAAAACAUAUGAAAAUGAUACGGUUCUAUUGCCAUGCUCAUUAGAUACUCCCUUCCGCUAUGUGCGUUGGCAUCGAGACGAUGUGCCUUUGGUGGAUUCACGUCAUCCAGAGAUUUUACCUCCCGACCGUGUGAUGCUCUGGCCAAAUGGCAGCCUUCAAGUAUCCUAUGUUCAAACCGAGGACACUGGUGACUAUUAUUGUGAGAUUAUGUCAGCCACUGGCAUAAGAUCGAUUCAAGUGCAUGCCAUUGAAGUGCAGUAUCCAGCGAGUGUUUUAAUUGAACCGAAUGGCGUGACAGAGCAGUCAAUUGGUUCCGUUGUCGAGGUGGCUUGCCAGGCUCAGGGUGUACCACAGCCAGUUAUAACAUGGCGCUUGAAUGGCAACACCUUGGAUAGGUACAGUCGCACGGGUAAUCGUCAGAGUCACAUCUUUGAUAUCAAAUCGAGAAGUAUGGCGGGACAGAUUGAGUGUGUGGCCACCAAUGGAGUGGGUCAACCAGCCGUAGCUGGUGUCUACUUGCAGGUCCUCUUCAUACCCGAGGUGAGCUUGCCCCAAACGAUUGUCUAUACCAAAGUGGGAGCACGUGCCCAUCUCGAGUGUCUGGUCGAAUCGGCUCCCAUGGCCGCUGUAAAGUGGUUCCAUCAUGGCCUCUUGAUAACUAUGGGCUCCCAAAUAACUACCCAUGAGACGGAAUUGCAAUUUAAUCGAUCUGUCGAUCAUUAUGUCAGUCAUAUUAAGCACGUGUUGGUUAUCAAAAAGGUUCGAGAUGCCGAUAUGGGUCAGUACGAGUGUCGAGCCUAUAAUAAAUUGGGCUUUAAAAGUGCCAGCAUAGAGCUCACAGGUCGACCCAUGCCUUGUAUAUUCAAAAUAAAUCCUGGCACCCAGAGUCCCACUUCUCAUAUAUUGGUCUGGCAAACGGAGAGCCUGCUACCCAUUAUGGAAUUUAAACUGAAAUUCCGUCAGAUUCCAUCACGAAAUGUAACCAAACAGAUACGCACCAAUUGGACAGAGUUGACCAUUCCUGCCCAGGUUACCAUAGGAUCCAUUUACAUUACUUCAUAUACGUUACAUGGCCUGCAACCGGCGAGUCUUUUUGAGGUUUCUGUUUUGGCCAGAAACAGUUUUGGCUGGAGUGACAAUAGCAAAAUUGUUCGUUUUGCCACUGGGGGAGAGGUUGAACUGCCCAAUUAUUCUACGGAAUCCGAGAUGCAAUAUGAUGCCACAGAAGAGUAUUCGGAACAAAAUGAAAUCACACAAAGAUCACAAAUUUUAACCGCCAGCAUGACGCACAAUAGGGCAGAAGCCCUUUCCAAUUGUGGGCCAAGUGCCUUGAUCUAUUCCAUAGUCUUAAUUAUCAAAUUAUUUUAUGUAAAUUUUAAGAAUUUGUACUGAAUGCAAAUGUUCCAAAAUAAAUUAAUUACCACUGAAAAGUU